GACCAUUGAAUAUCAACGCGAAGCCCUCGAGAACGCCAACACCAACACCGAAGUGCUUAAGAUUAUGGGACACGCGGCCAAAGCUCUUAAGCAAACACAUAAUAAUAUGGACAUCGAUAAGGUGGAAGACCUGAUGGACGAAGUGAGAGAACAGCAACAAAUAGCCGAAGAGAUUAGUUCUGUCAUCUCUAAUCCCAUUGGAUUCGGUCAAGAGGUGGAUGAAGACGACUUACUUAAGGAAUUGGAAGAGAUGGAACAGGAAGAGCUCGACAAACAACUGUUGGACACAACACCCGAACAACAACUGCCAGAAGUACCCGCAGAAGUGCCAGUGGCCGUGCCCCGCACAAAACAAAAAGAAACGGAAGAGUCGGAUGAAUUGAAAGAGUUGGCCGAAUGGGCUAAU